GAGCCCAGUUCAAGCGAGUCUGUUCAAGAAACGUUAGUUAUUUCUGUCGGUCACGACUAUGCGCACCUCCUGCCACCAGGCACUAGUUCCCCGUCCCACUCGAUGGUUGAUUCCGGCCCCCGUGCCGUCGUGUUGAAAGGUAUGAACAAGCUGCGUCAAAUGGGCUCCGGAGCGCACACAAUUGUAUGGAAACUCUCUUCGGACCCUCAUUCUCUGGAUUGCAAUGCCACGAUCUGACUGCGCCCCUCACACAUGUUGAACGGCGAUACCAGUGUACUUGCCUACUCUCCUACUGUCGUCUAUUCAUAUGGCUUUUAGUCGGUUUCUCCCGCUCCUGUGAUACAUUGCCACUUGUAUUUGUUGCUUACGCUUCAUGAGAUGCAUUGCAGACGGCAUUAUUUGUCUUCUUUUAAACAUAAAGCGCUUUUUUAUUCCUUCUUUUCCUGCCUCAUUUUUAAUGUGCAAUAUCAAAUCCAUUUUAUGUUUUCUCUCCUCCCAUUACUUAUUUGCUUGUUUUUCCCUAUCCGUUUUUGUCAUUUCUCAAGAAACAUACUCUUGUCAUCGCAAGCCGAGUUUUCCUCCGUGUAACGUUUUCCCUACUUGACUUCACUAUUAAAUCUAUCUUGCUUG